GCACAAGCCAUUUCUUGAAUUGUUGGGCACGUCUGAGCCUGAUCAACAACAAGCACUACUGGAAACAGCAACCGCCGAGCAAGUACACUGCCUGUGUCUCUGUGUAGAAAACGUUAUGAAAAGAAAGUAUUUAAUGUUGAAGCAUGUAAUGAAGAAACUCCGACCUUACAGACAUGAAAUGCUUAGGUUGGUAGAUAGAGGAAAAUGUGGAAGAAGAAAAGAACGGAUACUCAUUCAGCAUGGUGAAG